GUAUUCUAGUACACUCUAGGCACCACCUAGUGACAUAGCCAUAGCACUCUUUUCUAAGACCAUAGCCGAUCGCCGGCCUCACAGAACGAGCUUGCAUUCGUUUCAGCGAAGGCGCGGCACUUCGUCACUUCGUCAGCAAUCUUUUCGAACGUUUUACUGUAAGCAGGCUGUAGUUGUUCAUGUGAGCCUGUUGGCAUAAUGAGCUCUUCAGGAGAAGUUUGCGGCCUCUCGGCAUUCGAAAACUACUUUGCUUUGGAACUGCUUUUCAAAUCAUGUAAUGAGAGUUUGCAGUCAAAAGAGGAUGCUCUUAUUGUUCUCGCUCACUAUCUCCUGGUGAGGAAUCGCAAACGCUGCGCAGGAAUCGGCGAGUCGUGGGGAAGUGACCAACACUGUACCACAGAACUGCUACCUCCUGGUUGGAAUGAAAACCAAGGCUUGUACACAAUCCGAUACAUAUCUGCUCAAAAUAAUGAGCGAUAUUUGCUGAAGGCAGCCCGAGUAGACAACUCUCUUCUGAUUUGUGUCUUGAACAUUAAGGAGGAUAAAACAGCAUCAACCAGUCUGAAUGUUGGCAAGUACGUGUCUGAGGAAUACAAGGACUGUUCUCGGGCAUUCAAGGACUUGAAUGCUGUGGUUGAAAAGGUGAACCGCGAAGUGAUUAACGUCCUUGAGCACAGUGAAAGUGAGAUUUCUGGUUUUCGUGGUGCUUCACCAGCCACUUCCCAUGAAAGAGUUCUGGGCAUGCUCACAGGGCAGCCUAGCGUGGAGUGGCCCCGGGCACAAGAGCCAGCUCGACUGGGCCUGCGAGAUCUGGAUCCAUUCUUUGGGGGCUACUCUGGUGGGGGGAUGAUCAUGGAUCCAAGGGAGCUAACAAGGCCUCUACACCCGAACCCUGGAGCAACCAUUCCAGGCCUGCCAAGAGCAUCAGUUCCUCCUGGCGCCAGGUUUGACCCGUUUGGACCUUCAUCUACCAAUGAUCCUGCAAGCUUCAGGUUUGCUGGGUCUCCACAGGGCAAGGCAGGUGGCCAGGUCAUAUGGGGUCCUGGACUAAGGAUGACACCCACAAAGAAGGCUACCAAACAACUCCAUCUGCUCUUAAUAAAGUUCAAUCUUCUUCGUUCAUUACUAUUUAUGACUAACUUAAGAAAUCAUGCUAAAGUAAUGAAAAUAGCAUCACCACAGUAGAUAUUUCAAUAUGAAUACAGUGAUACCAAAUUUGUCAUUGUCACUCAACAGCAUAGAAAAAAGCCUCGUAAGGCUGAGUGCGGUGUGUGAAAACAUCAAACCGAGAAAAACACGACUUUUUUGGACCUGCUCCCGCAUCAUAGUGUCCAGGCUUUUGCUGGGGAUUUGUGUGAUUCCAUCACUGCACCGCUCCAAUGGGGCUUCGUCAGUAAGCCACCUAAACACAGUCUCCAGUACCUCACAGACGAAUUCAAGCAGCCUGUUCUUGUAUGGUGGAGGCUCCUCGUUCUUGGCCCAACCCUGUUGUACUUGCACCACGCACGACUCUGGGCCUUUGGGGCAGAGGUCAUGCCUGGGUGCCACGUCCAUUGACAUGUGCUUUAGUGUGGCCUGCACAACUUUCUGCAUGCCUGGCACACUGUUUCUGUGGCUCCUCAAGGCAUAGCCACAGUAGGAAGUGAUCUUAAUUUUCUCUUGUGUUAGUAUUCCUUUACCACCAAGUGACUCACCUUGAGCUUUUUCUUUUUUUUUUUGUCCAGAAGAGUGUCCAAGGCAGCUCCCAUAAGCUGGAUUACAUGGUUUAUACAGUCUUUUUGCUACCUUGAUGCAGCCAUAGACUACAUCUCCUGUCCGGGCAUGGAAAGUUAAGGCUAUCAUCAUCUGAAAGCAUGGUCGUGUAGUGCAGCUUACGCUUCUCUAGUGACCGCUGGAACAAGCUUAGGGCUGCUUCCAAUUCCAUCUGGCCAGCCUUACAGUCAAUGUUUUUCUACCACAGUGGAGCAUGCUGGACGAACCAGGCAGCAUGUCCUUGCUCAUUUUCUUUUGGUACAGUGGUGCAACCCGAGGCAAAAGUUAGACAGCACAUUGUCUAUCACAAGACCAACGUACAUUUCGACAAUGCAUCCAAUAGAGCUGUGCAAACUAUUUCUGCGAGUGAGCCAGCGGCCGUUGUAAAUGACAUCAAUGUUUCCUGGUGCGUUUCCGAACUUUGCAUUAAACUCUGAUGCGAGCAACGUUAGCGGCUUCGCACUUGAUAACAGUCGCACUUCAAGCAUCAUCUUCAUGUGGCCUUGAUAAGUCUUGUGCUGCAGGCCACAAUGAAAAAUGUUCAUUGUGGUGAAAAAGUUGAACAGAGCCAUUGCCCUUUUGCCAAAGCUGUGAAUUGCCUUUAUUACGCACAAGUUCACCUUGAACGGCAUUAUCUUGAUACCAGUAUCACCGGCUACCCUCAGAGACAAGAAACGUUCUUCAUGCAAGUUGCAACUGCUACAAGAGAGCAUGAGCUUUGAACACGACC